CGUAGUUGCCCACCAGAGAGAUGAGGCGUAGCUCCGGGCCAGGGGAGCAGAGGGUUGAGAGAUACAGGGGCGGGAGCUUCAGACCGGCCCAGGUUGGAAUGGGACGCUGCUAGAAUCUGGCCUCUCAAACUCUGGUGGAAGGAAGUGUUAUCGUAGGUGGAGUGUGUGAACCCGUGCCCUACUUCUGCUCCUUUAGUCUGUGAGUUGUGUGAGGCAGAAGGACAAGGCAGGGCUGAUGCUAGGUUCUUCACCUUCCAGCUCCUCGUGAUAGGAUGUCACAGGCGUGCCUUAGGGCCUUGGCCCUGGGAGGGGCUGCCUGAGAUGACUGAAGUGGCCUGGCCUCCAGAAAAGCUGGCUACCAACAGUCUUGACCCCAUCUCUGUGCCAUAGGAGUUCCCUGGAAGACUGUGUCAUGUCCCAGUGCCACGGGCUGGCAUCCCUUACCUGGAGCCUGCGACCCUGAGGUGUUCAGAGUGGGUUUUGUCUCACAGAUCCACACAGCCUGCAUGUCAGCCAGCCUCAGAGUCCUCCUGAGAAGAGGCCACUAUGCCCAAGAUAAUCCUGAGUGGGGUGACCGUGGAUUUCCCUUUCCAGCCAUACAAAUGCCAGGAGGAGUACAUGACCAAAGUUCUGGAGUGUCUGCAGAAGAAAGUGAACGGCGUCUUGGAGAGCCCCACGGGCACAGGGAAGACCCUGUGCCUGCUCUGCAGCACACUGGCCUGGCGGGAGCACCUCCGCGACGCCAUCUCUGCCCGCAAGAUUGCUGAGAGGACCCAAGGGGAUCUCUUCCUCAGUCGACCCUUGUCUUCCUGGGGGAAUGCUGCUUCAGAGGAAGACGCCACAGCUUGCUACGCGGACAUCCCAAAGAUCAUUUAUGCCUCCAGGACCCACUCACAGCUCACACAGGUCAUCGGCGAGCUUCGCAACACAUCCUACCGGCCCAGGGUGUGUGUGCUGGGCUCCCGGGAGCAGCUGUGCAUCCACCCCGAGGUGAAGAAGCAGGAGAGUAACCACAUGCAGAUCCACCUGUGCCGCAAGAAGGUGGCGAGUCGCUCCUGUCACUUCUACAACAACAUAGAAGAGAAGAGCCUGGAGCAUGACCUGGCCACCCCCAUCCUGGACAUCGAGGACCUGGUCAAGAGUGGGAACAGGCACAAGCUGUGCCCGUACUACCUGUCCCGGAACCUGAAGCAGCAGGCUGACAUCAUCUUCAUGCCCUACAACUACCUGCUGGAUGCCAAGAGUCGCCGGGCACAUGGCAUCGACCUGAAGGGGACAGUGGUGAUCUUCGAUGAAGCUCACAAUGUGGAGAAGAUGUGUGAGGAGUCGGCGUCCUUUGAUCUGACGCCCCACGAUGUGGCCUCUGGGUUGGACGUCAUCGACCAGGUUCUGGAGGAGCAGAGCCGGGCAGCGCAGCAGGGGGAGCUCCGCCUGGAGUUCAGCGCAGAUGCCAACUCAGGGCUGAACAUGGAGCUGGAGGACAUUGCGAAGCUGAAGAUGAUCCUGCUUCGCCUGGAGGGGGCCAUCGAUGCUGUGGAGCUGCCUGGAGGUGAUGGAGGUGUCACCAAGCCAGGGAGCUACAUCUUCGAGCUGUUUGCCGAGGCCCAGAUCACACUUCAGACCAAGGGCUGCAUCUUGGAGUCCCUGGACCAGAUCAUCCAGCACCUGGCAGGACGCGCGGGGCUGUUCACCAACACGGCGGGGCUGCAGAAGCUGGCGGACAUCAUCCAGAUGGUAUUCAGUGCAGACCCUGCCGAGGGCAGCUCCCCAGUGGGGCCUGGGGCCUCUCAGUCCUACAAGGUACACAUCCACCCCGACACCAGCCACCGGGGGACAGCUCAUCGGCCAGAUGCUUGGAGCUCCACGGCGUCCAGAAGGCGAGGGAAGGUGCUCAGCUACUGGUGCUUCAGCCCCGGCUGCAGCAUGCGUGAGCUGGUCGGCCAGGGCGUGCGCACGCUCCUCCUCACCAGCGGCACGCUGGCCCCGGUGGCCUCCUUCGCCCUGGAGAUGCAGAUCCCCUUUCCAGUCUGCCUGGAGAACCCACACGUCAUCGACAAGCACCAGAUCUGGGUGGGGAUUGUCCCCAAAGGCCCUGAUGGGGCCCAGCUGAGCUCCGCCUUUGACAGACGGUUCUCUGAUGAGUGCUUGUCCUCGCUGGGGAAGACGUUAGUCAACAUCACCCGCGUGGUCCCCCACGGGCUCCUGGUCUUCUUCCCCUCCUACCCCGUUCUGGAGAAGAGCCUGGAGUUCUGGCGGGCCCGGGACUGGGCCAGGAAGCUCGAGGCCCUGAAGCCUUUGUUUGUGGAGCCGAGGAGCAAAGACAGCUUCUCAGAGGUGAUGGGUGCUUAUUACACGAGCGUCGUCUCCCCAGGGUCCCGAGGGGCCGCCUUCCUGGCUGUGUGCCGGGGCAAGGCCAGCGAGGGGCUGGACUUUGCGGAUAUGAACGGCCGAGGGGUGGUUGUCACGGGUCUCCCGUACCCCCCACGCAAGGACCCCCGGGUCAUCCUCAAGAUGCAGUUCCUAGACGAGAUGAAGGGUCGGAGUGGGGCCUCGGGCCAGUUCCUUUCUGGGCAGGACUGGUACCGGCAGCAGGCAUCCAGGGCCGUGAACCAGGCCAUCGGGAGGGUCAUCCGGCAUCGCCACGACUAUGGGGCCGUCUUCCUCUGUGACCACAGGUUCACCAGUGCGGAUGCCAGAGCCCAGCUGCCAUCCUGGGUGCGCCCCCACGUCCAGGUGUACGACCACUUCGGCCACGUCAUCCGAGAUGUGGCCCAGUUCUUCCGGGCGGCUCAAAGAACCAUGCCGGCGCCUCUGGCUGCGCCCCCGAGCCCGGCCCGGGGAGAAGGCGCCGUCCCGGUGGCUGUGUCGCUCAGGGCCCUCUCCACCAAGAAAGCCAAGAGCCUGGACCUGCACGUGCCCAGCCUGCGGCAGGGGCCUCCAGGACUCCCAGCCUCCGGGGACGGCGGGGACGCCGCGGGCAGCCUGUGUGUGGAGUACGAGCAGGAGUCGGUUCACACCCAGCGAAGGCCUGUGGGGCUGCUGGCCGCCCUGGAGCACAGCGAGCAGCUGGCCCGGAGGCCCGGGGAGGAGGAGGCACAGUGCCACUCCGGCCCGGCCCUCCCCGGGGAGAAGAGGACUGUGGCGGAGCAGAGAGCGGCCAGGAAGAAGAUCAGGCUGGUCAGCUGCCAGGAGGGGCUGGCGGCAGGUGCACAGGCGGACAGAGCCAAGCUCUUCAUGGUGGCUGUGAAGCAGGCGCUGAGCCGGGCCAGCUUUGCCGCCUUCACGCGGGCCCUGCAGGAGUAUAAGGGCUCGGACGACUUCCAGGCUCUGGCGGACCACCUCAGCCCCCUCUUUGCCCAAGACCCCGAGAAGCACAGCCUGCUCCAAGGCUUCUACCAGUUUGUGCGGCCACACCACAAGCAGCGGUUUGAGGAGCUCUGCCUCCAACUGACGGGCAGAGGCUGCAGCCACCCGCCUGAGCACAGCCUUCCGCGUGGGCAGUGGGCACAGCCAGCCCUGGACCCUGGUGGAAGGAGGGAGCCUGUCCCCAAGGUGACCAUGUCCCAGAGUGCGGCCAGGCAGCUGGACACUGGAGGGCACCUGAACUGCGGCCAGCCUCACCUGGCCUCCCGGCCACCACCCGAAGGAGACGCUGGCCUCUGUGCACAAGAGGGGCGCGGCGCUCCGCAGGCCCAGAAGCCGAGCCCGCCUGUCGUGAGCGCCUACCUGGCGGAUGCCCGCAGGGCCCUGGGGGCUGGGGGCUGCAGGCAGCUCCUAGCAGCACUGACCACCUACAAACGGGAUGACGACUUCGACAAGGUGGUGGCUGUGGUGGCAGCGCUGACCACCUCGAGGCCUGAGGACUUGCCCCUGCUGCAGAGGUUCAGCAUGUUCGUGCGCCCACACCACAAGCUGCGCUUCUGGCAGAUGUGGGCAGACCUCACCGGCCGGCCUACCCCAGACACAGGCACCGUGCCCCCGGGACUCCAGGAAGGGAGCUCCGAGGCGUUUCCCAGCCUCACCCCCCGGGCGCUCCGGCCAGGCCCCUCCGACCAAGAGAGACCAGGGAGGACGCAGAGCAAGAUCUCCUCCUUCCUCCGGCCGCGGCUGGACCCCCAGUGACCCCACGGACAGGCUAAGUGGAACCCCAGGAGGACAUGGUGUACUGGACCUGGGGCGCCCCUGCCAGGAAGCAGAACCACAGGCUGCUCUUCUGGAGACGCCUGGGCCACCCUCCCUGGAUGCAGUGGGGCACUUGUCUGCUGGCUCAGGGUGGGCCAGGCCCAGCACCAGCAACCCUUUGGUCCAGAGCCUAUAGUCAGAGGCCGAUCUGUCCAGGGACAGCCAUGAGACGGCACCCAGGUCUCUGGCCGCCUGGGAGAAGCCCUGCAGCCACUGGGGGUGAGGGCCGCACGGAGGGGUGCACCCUGGGCCAUGCUGGGACUGCCUAGAGGUGGGCCGAAUAAAGCCGCUGGCACAUGGGUAAACUGUUCACGUUGCCUGGGCUUGGUGGUGGAGGUUGAGAAGCCAGAGAGGAAGGAGGGGGGCAUCUGCCUGGAGUCCCCUGCCCACCCUAUCCCACGAGAGGGUGCCUAAACUUGGCUCAGCCUCCAUCCUUGCAGCUGGACAGGAAGACACUGACACCAGAGGGGAGAGGAACCUGCCUGCCUGCCCCCCCUUGUACACCCCUGACAGCUUUGUCACAGGCUGUGCCUGGCGAUAGGGGGCCUCACAGGACUGCCUCCACCGGGGAGUGGGGGGGAGCCUGGCCAGGUGAGGGUGCUGAGACUGUGCCCAAAACGGUCAGAACAUGCCCUAGCUGGUUUGGCUCAGUGGAUAGAGUGCUGGUCUGCAAACUGAAGGGUCAUGGGUUCAAUUCCAGUUAAGGACACAUACCAGG